AUGAGUAUAAAGUUAUCCAAUUUCUUUUCCUUCAUGUUGGAAAACUACGUACAUAUACAAGAGAAAGAUCCAACUUUAGUAAAUCGGCUGUUUGGUUGCGCCCCCCAGGACGACAGGGGUAGACAGGAAUGUAUAGGGAUAAUAGAGGUCCCAGAAUCGUAUAGUGGUCCUCGGCUGCAAUUUCCACUCAAUACUAAUUCUCUUACUAUAAUGAUUGAGGCCUUUAAGAAGCAGCAGAUACUCCAUGCCUAUUAUGUUUUAGAGAUACUGUUCGAAACUAAGGAAGCCAUGAAGCAAAUGCCAAAUUUUACUCAUAUAAGAACUUGUCCCACCAAAGAGAUAACAAUCUGUGGCGAUUUACAUGGAAAAUUAGAGGAUCUCCUUUUGAUCUUCUCCAAGAAUGGCCUCCCCUCAGGGUAUAACCCAUAUGUUUUUAAUGGUGAUUUUGUAGAUCGAGGAAAAUAUUCCAUUGAGAUCUUAAUGAUCCUGUUUGUGAGUUUUCUUCUCUUUGGCGAUGACCUGUGCUUGAACAGAGGAAACCAUGAAGAUUUUUUGAUGAAUAUGAGGUAUGGCUUCACAAAAGAAGUCUUGAGCAAAUAUAAGAUACAUGGGAAAAAAAUCCUACAAGUCUUGGAAGAAGUUUUUGCCUGGCUACCACUCGGUACAAUCAUUGAUGAUGAAAUCCUGAUCAUGCAUGGUGGCAUAUCAGAGUCCACAGAUCUGAAUUUACUCCAUCACAUAGAGAGAAACAAAAUGAAAUCCGUGCUAAUGCCACCAGUUCCAAUGGAUAAAGAUAGUGGUACUGAGACGAAGAAGAAUAAAGGACAUGUGCCUCGGGGAGUCAAAUUAAGUGGAUCACCUUCUGAUUAUUUAACAAAGCAUGAGUGGGAACAGGUUAUCGAUAUUCUGUGGAGUGAUCCUAGAGGGAAACGAGGCUGUUAUCCAAACACAUGUCGAGGAGGGGGCUGCUAUUUUGGGCCAGAUGUUACCUCGAAGUUUCUUAAUAAAAACCGUUUGAAGCUGCUCAUUAGGUCUCACGAAUGUAAGCCUGAAGGGUAUGAAAUAUGCCAUGAUGGGAAGGUUAUUACGGUAUUUUCUGCUUCUAAUUAUUAUGAAGAAGGCAGUAAUCGAGGUGCUUACAUCAAGGUUGGUUUUUGUACAACCCUUCGAUUUUUCCAGUACCAAGUAACAAAGGCAACAUGCCUAAGACCUCUUCAUCAAAGAGUGAACACCAUAGAAAGUAGUGCCAUCAGGAUACUGAAAGAGAGAAUGGUUUCACGAAAAACAGAUCUCAUUCGUAGUUUCCAACUUCAAGACCGAACUAAAUCAGGAAAAAUUUCUAUGGGACAAUGGGCUUUUUCUAUGGAAAACACCUUGGGGCUGAACUUACCAUGGAGAACCCUGAGUUCACAUCUGGUUCUCACAGACGACGAUGGGAAUAUUGACUACAUGACCUGCUUCCACGAUAUUCACAUUCAAAAACCUGUGAAAGAGGCUCAGUCAGCUCUCAUUGAAACUCUGUACAGAUACCGAUCUGACCUGCAAAUCAUUUUUAAUGUCAUUGACUCUGAUCACUCAGGUCUUAUCUCGAUGGAAGAAUUUCAUUCCAUGUGGAAACUUUUUUGUAGUCACUACAACCUUCAUAUUGGUGAUUCCCAAGUUGAUGAGCUUGCUGAAAGAAUGGACUUGAACAAAGAUGGAAGCAUCGACUUUAAUGAGUUUUUAAAAGCUUUCUAUGUGAUACACCAACUUGACAACUUGAGCAGAUCAAACACCCAACUUGCUUAAUAAGAAGUAGAGCUUUCCCUCCUUAUGAACAUAGUCACGAAUACAAUCUUUUGCAGUACCAGUAGUAGAAAGAAGUAGACCCCAAUUUCUGCCAUGAGCAGAUGUGUAAUGUGGGUAUUAGAAGUACCUAGUAAGCUAUUUUGUUAAGACUAGGUUAAAUGUCAGCUCCAGUGGUAGGAAUCACACAUUUCUAGAUAGAAACUGAUUUUGAGCCUAGUGUUGGUCUCUUUGAUGUCCACCUACCAGGAGACCGGAGCAGUUUAGAAACAUACUAAAAGAAAGAAACCUAUAGAACACGGAAAAAAACUACACCAUCUGUAAGUGGCCCAGGAAUAGGAGGAGGAAUACUGAACUACUAAUGUAAUAAAA